AUGGCAAUCGAAAAGUGUCUAUGUAUUACAUGGGUGCCACCGGGAAAAUACGCCAUUCGAUUGGCAAGAUGUCAUAUCAAGAUUCGACUGCCUGCUUGGGCCACUCCUUCAGACCAUCGCUUUCCGAGACUUAUGAAACCGCUUUCUGGCUGUUGGCCUUCUGGUAAUUAUAAUGCGGCCCAUUUCCCUUUCUAUAUCAUAGAACCGGCCAAUGUUGCUGUACUAUGGGCCAGCAGCCUUGCUGUGGAUCUAUCGUCAGCGAUCCAAGAACGUUCGACUAUCACAAGAGUAGUGGUAUACAUUCCUCUUGAUAAUUAUGAGCUGCUGGCAGCGGCACUUGGCGGACCACUCAAUCUAAUGCAAGUGUCCUCUGAGUGUCAAGCGAGACUGUGUCCUCACCUCCCAGUUUUUCACAGGAAUGUGUUGUUGCCAUCAUCUGUAGAAGUCUAUAUUGACAACGGUGCUACGGGUGUGCAUUUCCAUGGUGGCAUAAGUCCGUGGGGCACAAUAAGAACAUCACCAUUUCACGAGCAUAUAUACCCACCUUAUCAUGGGCCGAGCGGUAUGCCCUGGGAGCAUACCACCACAAUUCUCGGUACAGGCUCUUCUGGCUUCGAGUCGGUGCCCCGUGACCUGAGCAGUCAUGCCGCCCUUCGAGUUCAUCAUCCUUUGUUGCCUCCAGGGCUGCCUUCCACUGUACAACCCGUUUUUUUCCCUUCAGUAUCAUCUGGUAGCAAUGUUGUUGCCCCUUUGAGACACCAGCCAGAUUCAUUUGGCGCUGGUGCUACCACACCUGAAAUUCACCCCGCAGAUCGCCGAAUUUCUCAUCCUGUGGGAUAUGCAACUCCAUUGGCUCAAGGGCAUCAAGUGGAGCAUCCAGGUUCAUAUGGCUUCGAGUCGGCACUGGAUGACAUGAAGGGUCAUGCUGUUCUUCAAGUUCAUCAACCUUCGUUGUCUCCAGAGUGGCCCUGGAGCAUGCAGCCUAUUUCUAUUCCUUCAGCGUCAUCCAGUACUGCUGCCACCCCUCCUUUCAGUGCCCAGCCACCUUUCCUCGGUGGCGGCGUGGCCUUACCUCAAAUCCUCUCUGCAGAUUACCAAGUCUUCGAUAAUUCAGGGUACGGAAUUCAAUCGGCUCACAGACGUCACAUCCAGCAGCCUGGUGGCCCUCGGGCUUACAUGAUCAAUGGUCUUUUGAUUGACGAAGAAUACCUCAUGGAUGGAAAUGGUGGCUACAUAAACAUCCAUGCAUGCGGUCGUGAAGGGCCUCCCUGUGGUCUCUGGGUUAAAGCGGACAAGCGCUCUAUCAUGCGCCAUGGACAGAGGUGGCACGGGGACGCUCGAGGUGGCAGAGAAAAUAAGAAAACCACUUGCCCGUGGUCAGGCUGUGACAGCCAGAUGCUAGCGAACACCAUCCCACAGCAUAUUUUGAGUGCUCACUUUGCUGUAGUGUGGAUUUGCACAGGCACAGGAUGUUCAAAACCUUUUGGGUGUCACGAUAGCUUCAAGGCCCAUUCUUGGAAAUGUGGUAGUCUUGGAGCAAUCGUGCAGUAUGACGCCAGCACCCGUGUCAUCGAUACAACAAAUGUUUCGAGACAUUACGAUUGA